AUGAGCUCCGUCGGCCCUCAACUCCCACCCCACCUCCAAAAGCGCAAACGAAGCGACGAUGAAGCCGACAGCGACGGCGAUAGCAACUCCUCCUCCACAGGCCCUCUCCCUCCGAAACCACAAGGAAAAGAACAACCCUCACCACCCUCACCAAAAAGAAGCCGCGUUAUAGGUCCGACGCUCCCGCCCGCACCUCUCGAUGAACGUCCACCUUCAACAGAUGACAAUGACGAUGACUCGAGUGAAUCAGACGACGACGACGGUUUCGGCCCAAGUCUCCCCUCCGCCAACGACACCUCUGCCAACCCCCAUCUCUCAAACUCCAUAGUCGGACCCCAAAUACCUGGCUCAAGAUCCACGGCGCCAGCCCCAGCGAAGCGCGAUGAAUGGAUGACUCUUGCCCCGACGGGCGGCGACUGGUCUGCCAGAGUCGAUCCGACGAAACUCAAGAAUCGCAAAUUCAACACGAUCAAAGGCGCCAAGGGGCCGUCGCAGGUCGCCAGCGGAGGAGGAGGAGGUGGAGGUGAUAGAUCGUGGUAUGAGACGCCGGAAGAGAAACAGGCCAGAUUGAAGAGGGAGGUGAUGGGGAUUCAAGACUCUGGUGCUGGCGCUGCGGCAAAGAAGGCAGGAUCUGGAUCUGGAUCUGGCGUCGAGGAUGAGGUUACGGCGAGGAGAUUGAAGGAAUAUAAUGCAAAACGAGGUCCUUCACUCUACGCAGCACACAGCGCAACUACCAAGGGCGACGAAGACGACGAUCCCAGUGCCCGCGCGUUCGAUCGCGAAAAGGAUAUCGCCGGCGGCGCGACGAUCAAUGCGACCAAGCGCAGAGAAAUGCUCAAGAAGGCUUCGGACUUUUCUUCACGCUUCAGUAGUGCAAAGUAUUUAUGA